UGCAGGCUGUCUGCAACGUUUCAGAUGUGACUGAAAACCAUGUAUGAAACGGAUCGGCCAGUUGCGUUUCUUUCUUCCAUUUGUGUGGGAGAGAUUGGGUGUGCGGCUGAUAAGAAUGUGCUGGCGUAAGGUGUAGAAUUUCAGGGAACAUUUUUCUCAGGUCACGUUGACUGCCCCCCCACAACUUGUCCCAAUGCCUCGAGGCGCCCUGCGAGCGGAUAUAAAGAGGCAUCAGAACGCGAAGGGUCUUCCAUUCAUUCUCAGAACUCCUGACAUUCAGGUGGAUCUUGUCCUGCCGCGAAGCCGCUCGCCGCUAGAAUAUCCCAAAUAGCCGUCACCAUUAUCAGGUCGGACAAUGCUGCGAGUCAGGUGUCUCAGAGGAGGUAGCAGGGGGGCCGAGGCCGCCCAUCUGAUCGGAUCUAUGCUCGGCCGCGCCAUGACAGGCUGGGUGCAGGGCGCGUUCCAGAGCUACUCGAGUUCCGCUGCUGCCGCGCAGCCGCAACGCGCCCUGGAGGAGAACGCUGUCACUGAGCCUGAGCGACAGGAGUGUCCUGUCUGCGCCUACAACGAAUGGGACCCCCUCGAGGAGGUGAUCGUAGGCCGCGCCGAGAACGCGCGCGUCCCUCCUUUCACAGUAGAGGUCAAGGCUAACACAUAUGAGAAGCAUUGGCCCUUCUACCAGAAGUAUGGGGGCCAAAGCUUUCCUGAGGACCACUUGAAGAAAGCCGUUGCUGAGAUUGAAGAAAUGUGCAAUAUUCUCCGCAUGGAGGGAGUUACAGUUCAGAGACCUGAACCCAUGGACUGGUCCUAUGAGUACAGCACUCCAGACUUCACCUCUACUGGCAUGUAUGCUGCCAUGCCCAGAGACAUCCUCAUGGUGGUGGGGAAUGAGAUUAUCGAGGCUCCCAUGGCCUGGAGGUCCCGCUUCUUUGAGUACCGGGCCUACAGACCCCUCAUCAAGGAGUACUUCAGAAAGGGUGCCAAGUGGACCACCCCCCCAAAACCCACCAUGUCUGAUGAGCUGUACGAUCAGGACUACCCUAUCCGCACGGUGGAGGACAGACACAAGCUGGCUGCCCAGGGAAAGUUUGUCACCACCGAACACGAGCCGUGCUUCGACGCCGCUGACUUCAUCAGAGCUGGCAGGGAUCUGUUCGUCCAGAGGAGUCAGGUUACAAACUACAUGGGGAUUGAGUGGAUGCGUCGCCAUCUGCCCGAAUACAAGGUCCACAUCAUCUCAUUCAAGGACCCCAACCCCAUGCACAUUGACGCCACCUUCAACAUCAUCGGGCCGGGACUGGUGCUGUCCAACCCUGAUCGUCCCUGUCGUCAGGUGGAGAUGUUUGAGAAGGCCGGCUGGACCGUGGUGAAGCCUCCAACCCCUCUGAUUCCAGAUGACCACCCUCUGUGGAUGUCCUCUAAGUGGCUGUCCAUGAAUGUCUUGAUGCUGGACCCCAAACGGGUCAUGUGUGAUGCUAACGAGCACACCAUCCACAAGAUGUUUGAGAACCUUGGUGAGUAUCAAACCAUCAAAGUGAACAUCCGCCACGCCAACUCCCUGGGAGGAGGCUUCCACUGCUGGACUACCGACGUGCGUCGCCGUGGUUCCCUCGAGUCCUACUUCCACUAGCCGUGCCAGAAGCAGACAGUUUUUAUUGAGCUUAAGUAAGGUUAAAGUCCCAAUCAACAAUCUGCAGUUGAUUUCUCAAUUUCAAAAAAUGAAAACCACGUGUUGAUUUAAAGUAAACAGUUAUGUGCAUGACAGUGCCUUUUGCAAAAACGCUUGGUUAUGAGUUCAUUUUAACGCUCAACAACAACAAAAGUUUGUUU